AUGGCUACAGCGUCCAGCCAGCAGUCGGCCAAUUUGGCAAAUACCCCAACUUCCGUCGCCGCCCGCGCCUCGAAUACCGCAGGGCAGCAACUCUCCGAAUCACCUACACCCAGCCUAGCCGCACCAUCGCCAUCCUUAGCUGCUCCUACUACCAAUGGCAACACGAAUGGGCUCCUACCUUCCACCAUAUCUAACGAUAUAUCCAUGCACGCUGACUUGAGGUUAUAUCCCCGGGAUGGACGUGUCAGAAACCCUGUCCCAAGCAAGUUAAAGGACGUCACAGAACAAAUGAAGGGCAAUUUUAGCGUUAUGCACAUGGAUGUUGCCAGUCAUCGUGCAAGCGAAGGCCGCGAUGCCGCCGCAAAACGCACCAGCGAGAGCACCGCUCUACAGGCCAGGCUGGCCCAGACGGACACCUACGUGUCCCACCAACGGAGAGCGAACUACCCGAAGCCUCCGGGUUUGAAACAGUUCACUUCACCCCCCAAGAGGACUCCUUCUGUCGAGCCAGUUACAGUCGUUGAAGAAGAUCCAAACCAUCCUCUGACUAUGGCGGAAACGAAGGCGGAACAGGCUCGACUUCUCACACUUCUAAGAACACUUGCUCCUAAUCUUGUUGUCGACCAAUUGUGUAAAGCGCUUGCAUUUUUUGGCGGCAUACCCGAUGCUCCCCCCCCUUCUGAUGGAAAAUUCCCCGAGAGCGCCGAAGCAAACGGUUCUGGCUCGUUAUUUGUAGGGUGGAUAGCGGAAAUAUUCCCCAACCUCGAUGAGCCUCGAAGGCGAAUCCCUCCUCCCCCUACACAAACUUUUGUGCAUCAGCGACGGCCAAGAGGACGACCCAAAGGUAGCAAAGCCACCAAGUAUCGAAGUGACAAGGGUAUCAAAAAGGGUACUAAGGGGGCAAUAAGUCGCGCCCAGGAACCUCAGGACGAUAGUUGGGUUGACGUCGAAGAUAGUGUUCUGGAAUUAAAUGGAGAUGGUGAUCUUGUCGAAGUUGGGGAAGCAUCACGGCAUGCUCCAAGCACGCCCCCUCCAGUCCCGGAUGCGGCGCAGUUCAAUAAUACCCCGGCCACGGGAUCGACUGGUGGUUUUAAGUCCAUUAAUGACGCCACAGUCGGUCCCGAGUCUAACACCAAACGGCGCGGCCGACCAAAGGGCUCUAAGAACCGCCCUAAAGAAAUUCCUGGUAUACACCAGCCUAGUCAACCGGCUGAACCCGCACCCGUAAACGCAACUGUCUCCAACCAUUCCGAUCAUGCGUCAGCUUUUCCGGUGCCACCGAAAGUAACUCCUGUGCCUGUACCAGUCCCUAUCUUCAGCGAACAGCCUAAAAAGAAGCCAAACUCAGGACGACCAAAAGGUUCUAAGAAUCGGCCAAAGGUUACCAAUGAGUCAGCAAGCCAGGACGGAAUCGCUUCCCAACAACAAAAACCCGACCUAACCGCCAACCAAAGUAAACGGCACUUAGGUCAGAUGGCGGCCACGGGUCCGGCUCCGUUUACGGGCAAUACGGCAGCGUCCUCUCUCGUCGAUAGUAGCGCUUCUCAGGACAAACGAACCGAGCCGCCACCUCCACCCCCAGUACCUGCUAUUCAACUCCCUACACCCCAGGUCAAAGAGUCAUCAAUAGUGGGGAAGAAGCGAAAGCGUCAGUCGGCUCCAAUUGGCAUUGCAAACCCUCCGGCUGAAAGAGUUCCCGAUAAUGCCAUCAACAGCAGCUCAAAUUCUCAGCAAGCUCAACCUAGCAUUACCCAAGGUGGCCCAGUUGUAACCCCUCAGCCGCAGCCCCCAGCCAGUCAGUCUAUUCAGCAAUCCUCAAGUAGUGGAAAUGCUACGCCAUCUCAGUCCAAGCGACCCCGUAAGUCUCAGGAGUCGGGCUCUUUACAAGGAGGAAAACGCUCAACCCCUAGUAAUACAGGAGUAAAAAACUCCGUGUCGUCUACAGCGCCCCCUCUGGAUUCAGCUCGGCAAGCUUCCCAAGCUACUACACCAGCACAGAAUGUUACGCAGCCUGAAGGUCUCGAAGCUCAUUACGAGCGGAUAGCCGCGUUUCAAAAUCCAAUACAGGGAAAUAACCGUCCCCAGAAACAGCAGCAGCUUCAGCAACAAACCACUGGUCCGAUUGGGAAUCCGGGUUCUACUACGGCAGAAGGGUUGGAAGCCCACUACGAGCGCUUUACGGCCCUCCAGAAUCGACAAGACAGCACUAGGCAGUCAGGGGCUCCUCGUCAACAGAUACAGCAGGCUGCGCAAAGUGCAUCACCUAUUCCAGCGCAAUCUUCGAAAGCAUCUCAAAUGCCAUCUACUUUGACUACGCACCAGCAGACCAGGACGUCGCAGAAUUACUAUCCUCAAACGCAGUCGCUUGGAUCAUCCUACAACACACAGGCCUCCACGUACUCUACGAAUCAACGUCAGCCGCAACACAUGGGUACUGGGUCUCCAGGAUCCAAUCUUGUACAACACAUGACCAACUCCCCUCAGUUCAGUGCCCAGUCUAAUUCGCCCCUGAUGCAAGGGGACACUAAUUAUAGAGGAUCACCCUCGCUAGUCCACAACAACGCAGGUUACCCGCCGCGUCGAACACCCUCGGCAUCACCGCUUGAUAACAAUUACCGCACAGCUAGCACAACGAGCCACGGCGUCUCUAAUCACUCCCCUCACUUCAGCGCGCGUCAGACUCCCACCACAACUCACAGUACGUCGCACCCCACCAUGCCCUCCUCCUUUGCACCCUUUUCCGACUCUAGCUUUUUGGAUAUUCAAAGCCUAGAUUCCGGUAGCAACCAUAGCGGGCUGGGUCUCGGUACUAGUUCGUACGGGCUUAGCGGCGGCGGCGUACCCCCGCAGCAGCGAACAACUAGCUCGAGCUCUUCGUCCCUCUACUCCGCUACGGGGAUGAACAACAGUUAUCUGUCUUCUUCCAAUGUGGGCCGAGCCACUCAGAAUAGGUGGCCCUAA